AUGGUACACGCGGAUAUGGGAAGGGGGGCAAAACGGAGUUUCUCCACGCUCGAGCCUUGGAUGUUGGCAACAAUGACCAUAGAACCUCGAAUGGAGGAUUUGCACCUCACCACAGAUGCCCUGAUCAUAUCCGCGACAGUAGGAGACUACCGCAUGAGGCGAAUCCUAGUCGACACUGGGAGCUCAGAAGACAUUAUCUAUGAACAUUGCUUCAACAGAAUGCAACCAAAAGAUAGGAAGUUGCUUGAAUCAGUACACGCCCCCAUCAAAGGUUUCACAGGGGAAAAGGUCGAUCCUAUUGGUCAAAUCACUUUCCCAGUAACCUUUGGGCAGUCACCCAAAGAAAGAACCAUACUACUAACCUUCCUCGUGGUCCGCGCUGAGUCAUACCACAAUGUGAUAAUCGGAAGAUUCACCCUGGGGAAAUUGGACGCCAUAGUCUCCACGGCGAGGGGUUUUAUGAAGUUCCCCACACCGCGAGGUAUCGCUACUGUGUUUCGUGAUAAAAUUGGAGAAGUACUAAGUACCAAACGGUGCCGCCAGGGGCCCAGAAAGAUGGGUGCUAAGCACACGCCAUCCAGAUCAAAUGGUCACAAUCGCGGACACUCUGUCCCCGGAAGUUAA